GCUCUUCUUUUGUAAUGGCGGACAAGGAAACAGAAAAUCCGUUUGGACUUUGCAAAAAUGACGCAGACUUUUUAAAGUACUUUCACACAUGCAUAAAAGAACUUCGAGGAUUGGUGAUCAGUAAUAUAGAAUAUUAUCAACGGGGAAAAUCCAGCAUUCAUGCUUGUUUCUAUGCAACUUCUUGCAUUUUAUUGGAAAGAACUCAAGUUUUAGAACCGCUGGUGAUAGAUAUCGUUCCAAAACUGGGAAAUUAUGACUUUUCUGAGACAGUGCAGGCAAAUGGAUAUCGGAGUUUUAUAAGUAUUGUCAAUAGGUGCUGUGGACAUUUGCUGCAGCUGUGCCGGCAUAUAAACAUUAACAAGAGUAGUUUACUGUUCCGCUCAUCACAUUACCUGAAAGAACUGGAAAGCUAUGUUGAAGUAUUAGGACAAUUGAUGGCUUUUCUAGGGUACCUGCAGCAGCUGAUGUUGUUAAGUAAAGAUGGAGAUUUAUUUUUGGACAAUGAUGAGGCAGUUGGUGAUGAUUUACUGCUGGAGGUAGAGAUGUUGAACACUGAUUGCUUCUAUGGAAGGUGUAUGGGUUUUCAGUUCAGUGAAUCAAUGCAGAAGGUAUUACAGAUGGUUGUAAUUGCCAUGGCAACAUUUAGUGAAUGUUAUGAGGAGACAUCUCAAGUGAUCCAGAUUGCCUCAUCUUUAUUCAACAGUGGAAAAUACCUAGCUAAUUAUGAUCUUAGAGCAAAGCAGGUGGUAGACAUCACAAGGACAGCUGAUAUCAAAUUUUGUAAACAAUUCUGGUCAAUUACAGAGUCCCCGCUACUUCAUCAAGUUCGAUCUUUUACCUUUCCUCAUGUAGAGGUGAGCGAGGUUCUCUCCCUUGAACCAGAAAACUUCGAUUUACCAACAGCUGAGGGGCAGGAUGACACAGUGACUAUAACUCCGCCUUGUGCCCACACAGGUCCCGCCCCUGUCAAAGUCAGACUCAUCUCUCAUGCUUUAAGAGAAGGAAUGCAAGUGACCAGGAAAAUGUUUCAGCCAAAGACAGGAAGUUCAAAACCUGUUGUGUUACCUCCGUCACCUGGGCUGUUGUUCCACUGCCACGGUGGUGGGUUUGUUGCCCAGUCUUCACAAUCUCACGAGAAUUAUCUACGUGUAUGGGCGAGAAAACUUGAGAUGCCAAUCCUGUCUGUAGAUUAUGCCUUGGCUCCAGAUCUCCCAUUUCCACGUGGGUUAGAGGAAAGCUUCUAUGCUUAUGCUUGGGCUUUAAAAAAUCCAGAGAAACUAGGUUGGACUGGAGAACGUAUUUGUUUUGCUGGAGAUAGUGCAGGUGGUAAUAUUGUGAUAUCUACGGCACUGCGGGCAGUGUCAUACCAGAUACGUAUACCAGAUGGUAUAGUUGCAGCAUACUCGGCAACCUUGGUGCAAUACACACCAUCACCAGCCCGUCUGUUAUCUAUGAUUGAUCCCCUUCUACCAGUAGGAAUUCUUACCCGGUGUCUUGCAGCUUAUGCUGGCAUAGCUGACAAGUUUUCUAGUGCCUUAGCAGCUCCUAUUUUCUGUAAUCCUGGCAAGUAUGAAAACUGGGAGGUUGUGGAUUCCUCUUCUUGUACAGAUGAUACUUUAGAUGUGAUAGCCAAUCAAAAAACAGAUUGCAACCAGGCUGAAAAUAAAUCGACAGAUCAGGAAUCAAAUGACAUAAAAUCUAAUGAGUCUACGGCCAAUGGCAAUCCUUGUCUUAUGUGUUCUAAAUGUGUUCAUGAUGAUGAUAGCUCAAGCUGUAAGUGUUCUGAAAAAGAACAAGCCUCUCAAUCAAGUGACUGCUUAGAUUUAAAUUCUUCAGUAGCUAGUCUAGAUAAAAAAGAGAAUAUACCAGUCUGUAAAAGUCUGGACAAUUUGUCCGAGUGUGAAUUUGUAGUCUGUGAUAUGGAUAAACUUGAAUCCGAUUCUGAAAACUACAAAGGUGAUUUAAUUCAGAUACCAGAGUUAAAAGGUUGUGAUACUAAAUCUGAAGUAGACACAAACAUGACAGAGACUGUUGCCAAAUGUUUUGAUGAAUCUGAGGUUUCAAUGAUGGGAGAAGAUUCUGUCAAAGCCAAAUGUGAUACUGAAUGUGUUGCCAAAACUGACAAACCAAACACUGAUAAUAAUGUAAAACAAAUUGAAGAAGUGAAUGGUGUAGAUGAGAAUACAGGUUAUUUAAAACAGGGUAAUACACUUAGAUCUGAUGAUGUAAAUGAGCAUGAAUUAAUAAAAAGCAAUCCAGCUAUAGAAACUGCAAGUAAGAAAGAAUCUGAGAUGACAAGUGAAAAUCCAGAAAUUAACAUUAUAGAAAGGACAGUCAAAGACCUAUUGGAUGAAAUAGAUUCCAAUGUAGUAAUAGAUGUGCAAGAUAGUGAGACCGAACAUAAAACUGAUGAUGAUGAUGUUAAAGAUCCUUCAGAAAUGUAUGCUGUAUGCCAAGAGAUACUUAACGAAACAGAGGAUAUUGAUCCUAGCAACUAUGGUGAUAUGAAAAGCAAUUUAUGCCAUUCUUUAGAAGAUCUUGUAAAUGGUUCUGAUUCAGUAUGUGAUGAUAUAUCUGAAGGCAAUAUAGUCAGUGAUGGAAAUGUUUCAAACUUGGACAGUGAUACCAAAUGGCAGAAACAAAUCUCAUGUGAUAGUGGAAUACAAGGUGAUACAGAUAAUGAGUGUAGCCAUGACAACAAGAGUACAAGUUCUACCUCAACAAAGGAAUAUCAACACAACUAUACUAGAGGCCAUAUGAGUUUAGAUCUUGCAACACCUUUUCAUCCUGGGCAGAUUUCAGCCAAGUCUUCACCUCUCAAGACAUCAGGUUCACCAGUUUCUCCACAGUUGUCACCAGGGAAAAGGUCGCUCGCUCCAAAGUUGUAUUCGGUUCAAAGGAAAAUUACUCAGAGCCCCAUACAGCUGUUCCGUCAUUUGCCUAUUGUGAAAAAUAUGUAUAUGUCUCCACUGUUGGCACCUGAUGAAGCUCUGAGGAAAUUGCCACCGGUACAUCUUACUGCAUGUCAUUUUGAUCCACUUCUAGAUGACUCAAUCAUGUUCGCCAAGAAGCUUGAUAGACUAGGACGAUCUGUGUCAUUGAAAGUGUUUGAUAACCUGCCACAUGGUUUCCUCAGUUUUUCUGAUGCCAGUGUAGAGGCUAGACAAGCUUCUAAUUUCUGCUGUGAUAAAAUACAAGAGGUGCUAGAAACCACCAUAAAGUUCUAGAUUUUUAUAUUACAUUUUUGUGAUAUGUUGGGCUUAAAGAUGCCAGUUGGGUGUAAAAUGUCAUUUUCCAAUAUUUUUACAUGUUUUUGUUUUUUUUUAGACUUAGAACACAGUAAAAAAUAAUAUGUUUUUUUAAUUUUCAACAUAAAUCAUGUAGUGAAAUUUCUGAUGAAUACUAUUGGAUUCCUUACUUUAUUCCAUAUUUUGUGGGACUUAAUACUAUAAUAACUUAAAUAAGUCUUUUACAACUUGUACAACCUUCAUAAGAUCUUAUAGUUUAUUAGGAGUUGUUGGCCAUGAACUAAAUAUGUCUGCAUUAAAGCUGUGCAUAUUUAAUAUCAAGUAGAUAUAUAAAGGCUUGUAGUACUAUAUUUCUUAAUUUGCGUGUACUGAUAGAAAAUUAUUUGUUAAGAGCUACAACUAGAAAAGAAUUAAAAGAUUUCAAUGAAUUUGUUCCCACUGCUGUGGUUUUGAGUUUUGUCAGCCUGGGGCUUUGAAUUCUAGAUGAAUGAAUAUCAUUAUGAUUUUUCAACUUGUUUGAUUCUACUUCCUGGC